AACACUCCACUACUAACUACUACUACUACAACUCUUCUGAGUUCUGAUGUUGACUUUGUACGGUCACGAAAGUUCAACGGAGAACUCCACCACAAGUACGGCCGAUGCUUCCGAUCGCCGGGAUGAGACACCGCCGUCGGAAACCGUCGUGAGAGAUAUUCACGCGAUGACAACGACGACGGAGCUUACUCGGCCACAACAAAGGGGAGGAGGAGGAUACUUGUCUCCGUCGAGGUCUAUUGCUUUUAGCGACGGAACUACUUCUUCCGGUGAGAAUUUCACCACCGUGAGCAGAGAGUUCAACGCUCUAGUCAUCGCUGGAUCUUCCAUGGACAACAACAGUAACGGAAGUAACCAGUCAGGUGGUCACCGUGACGUCAUACGUGAUGAAAGGAACGAGCUGACUAGGAUCGGCGAAAACGAUGACGUUAGAGAUCAUGGUCAGGUGCCUGAGGAGGAUGCAAAUCCAUGGGCGAUUGUACCGGACGGUUACAAUAACCGCGACGGUUCGGAGGAUAAUAAUAUUGUGUUGGCCUCAUCAAGUGGUCAGAAUCGGAUGGUGACGACUGCUUCGGUGCAGAGGGUGAAGAGAGAAGAGGUGGAAGCGAAGAUAACGGCAUGGCAAACGGCGAAAGUGGCUAAGAUUAAUAAUAGGUUUAAGAGACAAGACGCCGUUAUUAACGGUUGGUUGAAUGAGCAGGUUCAUAAAGCUAACUCUUGGAUGAAGAAAAUCGAGGUGACUCAUUUUUCUCUUUUACGAAUACCUUAAUUAGUUAGAUCCGAUCGAUUAAGAGAACAAGGUGACUUGUUAGGCUCUGAUUAUUCUUGAAACUGUUUGCUUUUACAUGUGUAACAAAAGUAAUUUAGAAAA